UUUAUCUAACAUAAAUAAACAUUUUCUUUUUUAGGUAAAUCGCAUAAGCACAAGUAACAGCGAAAAAGAGUCUCCUUUUGUUCCCUAUAUUGAGAAUCAGUUGAUCAUAAACACAAGUUCGGUCACUGAAAAACUCCUGGUGAAGCGACUGAGAUCCAUGUGACACACUAUUAUAAAGAUGGAGUUUAUUAAAGAGGAGAUUGAAGAUGUGAAGAUUGAAGAAACAUUUAGAGUGAAACAUGAAGAUACUGAGGAACAAACAGACCUGAUGUCGCUGAAAGAGGAAAAUGAAGUACUGAAUGAAAUGGAAGGGAAAGAUCUACAUAAUAAUCUUCAUGAUUUCAUAACUGGAGAAAAAUAUUUUAGUUGCUUACAGACUGAAAAGAUUUUCUCACGAAAAAGAGCUCAAAAGGCAGGGAAUAGAAGUCAUUUCACAUGCCAACAGUGUGGAAACAGUUUCAAACACAAAGGAAGCCUUAACAAGCACCUGAGAGUUCACACUGGAGAGAAGCCUUACACAUGCCCUCAGUGUGGAAAGAGUUUCAGUCAACAUGAAAGCCUUAAAGACCACAUGGUAUUUCACACUGGAGAGAAGCCUUACACCUGUCAACAGUGUGGAAAAAGUUUCACUCUGAAAGGAAGCUUUAACAGACACAUGAAAAUUCACACCGGAGAGAAGCCUUACAAAUGCCUUCAAUGUGGAAAGAGUUUUGAUCAACAUGGAAACCUUAAAGUCCACAUGAGCAUUCACACUGGAGAGAAACCCUACAUGUGCUCUCAAUGUGGAAAGAGAUUCACUCAAAAAGGACGCCAAAAACUCCACAUGAGAAUUCACUCUGGAGAAAAACCCUACAUGUGUUCUCAGUGUGGAAAGAGUUUCAUUCAGAAAGGACACUUUGAAGACCACAUGAGAGUUCACACAGGAGAGAAGCCUUUCACCUGCCAACAGUGUGGAAAAAGUUUCAACAAUAAAGGAUAUCUUAAUUACCACAUGAGAAUUCACACUGGAGAGAAGCCUUACACCUGCCAACAGUGUGGGAAAAGAUUCACUCGAAAAGGAACUCUUAAAGUCCACUUGAGAAUUCACUCUGGAGAGAAACCCUACAUUUGCGUUUAGUGUGGAAUAGUUUCAAUAGUAGUGGAAACCUUAACAGGCACAUUAGAAUUCACUCUACUGUGCGUUCAGUUUGGAAAAUUUUAAAAUAGGACACUUUAAAGACCACAUAAGAAUUCACACUGGAGAGAAGCCCUUCACCUGCAAACAAUGUGGAAAAAGUUUUUAACUAAAUAGGAAUCCUUCACAGGCACAUGAGAGUUCACACUGGAGAGAAGCUGUUUAAAUGUCGUCACUGUGAAAAGACUUUUAGAUAUAAAGAAACCUUGAGUGCCACGUAUAUGAGAGUUUCAUGUCAUCAGUGUGGAAUGAAUUUCACUGAAAGGAAGCACCUUAGGAAUCAUGUAAUAACUCACACCAGAGAGAAGCCAUUCAUGAAGCAAACCUUGAGAUUUACAUAAGCGUCCUGACAUACUCAGGAAGAGUUAUAUUUCUUUCUUUGCUUAGGGGUUAAAAGAGGUUUAAAAUACCUGAACAGUGGACUUUGAGAACGAACAUCCCUAUUGCCAUCAGGAGCUGCGGGUAUUAAUUUAAUAUAUUUUAGGUUAAAAAAAAGUCAAAUAUUUUACACAUACCAUACAUUGUUGUUGCUCCUCUAUGCCCUGCCUUUCUGAUUUUUACAAAGCUCAUCGUUCUGAAAAGCGUGGUGUGCUCUGAUUGGCUAUCGAUCCAGUGCAUUGUGAUUGGCCCGAAUACCUUAAGCAUGUGGCGGAAAUGUCAUGCCUAUUACCAUAUUUGCUCCCAGCUCCCAAAAGCAAUUUUGGCAGGUACUACCUUAUCAAUUUGAGCCCGAAUCUAAUCCAGAAAAUGCAGAUGGCCAAGCUGAUCAAUCAACUUUGCCUGCACGACUGGACCAGAAUGUAUCAGAUUGGUAAGGUAUUAUUUUAAAAAUAGCUAACUAUAUGUAACUAUAUUACCUUUCGAUGAUUAUAUUUCCUAUUGAUUCUAUAGACAUGGUUUCUUGUUUGCAAUUUCCGAUAUGGAUAUGGAUAUGGAUUUAUCUUAUUUAUCUCGACCACUAUGUUCACUCUGGACUCUUUCGCAGCUUUCAUUGGCCAAGGAUCACCCAAGAGGACAUUUGAUUGACGUAUAACGCAACCAAUCACAGUUUGUUUUGUUUCACGUCAUGUUUAGUGGCGUGAAAAUCUAAAGUCGAUGUCUUUAAAAUAACAAACUGGUGCGCAUCUAAUAAAUGAUUCAUUCAAGAACGCUGUGCAAGUUUACUUCAACAAAAGAGUCGCGAACUUCACAUAGUUUAAAAAGUCCUGUGUUUAGUUGAUCCUGGUAAGCGCUCAUUGUCACAGUUGUAAACACAAUGGCGUUCUUCUUCCACAAGAGGGUUUGGCGUCACGGCAUUUGUUUCCAAACGGAUCAUUAAAGAACGCGACAUGCACAUCUCCUGGAAAUCCUUCAACCAAUCAGAUUAAUCAGAAACUCCUCCAAUUUUGAGUGCCAUAUGCAUCAGACAUUCAGCCAAUGGUCUAUGGGCAUGACAUGGUUAUUACACAGAAAUGUCCAAUGUGCAAUACCCUCAAACAUAUUGACUGUAAAAACACAAAUCAACUAAUUCAGGACAUUAAUGCCAAAUUCCACCUUGCAAGCCAGUGUGUGGACAAAUCAAAUGGCAUAUUCACAGUGCUUAAUGUUGCAAGAGGUCAGAGUAGUCCUCUUCAUGUCCAAUACAAAGCAUGGGGAGAACAACAUAAAGUCUGCUGUGACUCAAAUGAAUGCCAAGUAAACAUGGAAGAAGCACAGAUGAGUGGUCUGUUAUCCUAUCAGUGUAUGCAAAGUAUGCCGUUCAAGUCUGCAAAAGUACAUUGUGAAAUGGCAUCUAUUUCAAACAGACCGUAAGCUUUUUUGUACUGUCUCCAGCAGAGAAGAAUCCCCACCCCAGAAGGAUAGAUAUGACAGGUGUGAAGUUUCCACCAGGUGACAGUGCUACAUGCACACUUGCGCUUUGAGGCCCUUACAGAUCAUGAGUACAAGUAUUCCUGCAUUACUUUUGGUGAUCACCCUGUGGUGUUCAUGGAUUAACACACAAAAAAGGUGUUUUCCAUUUAUCAGUUAUGACUACUGUGAUACUCCACUUGCUUUUGUGUUUACAUUAACAUGUAUGUAUUUGGCAGACACUUUUAUGCAAAGUGACACGAGCCGCGUUUCCACCGAAAUUACCCGGAACAAUUUGUCCCAGGAACUUUUUUCCCCCAUACCUAUUGCUAGCUGCAUUUCCAUAGCGGUCUGAUGUACCAUGAAGAUAGUCCGGUGAUGUAGGACUGCGCGCGACUUUCUAGUUCCCGCUGGAUUUCGUCCUCCGCAUAUAAGCUUAAUAAAGCCUGAACCUCAUCGUCAGUCCAUUGGUCAAAAUUUUUAAACUCCAUUGUUGAUUCAAAUAGAAAACAACUCUUACUGCACGCACUGCAACAGACUUUUAAAAAACGAUGGUUGAAAUAAAAUGCUGCAUGGAGUCAACAAAUCAAAAUGCUGUGUGAACUCAACCAAUCAGCAUGUUCAGCGCGCAAGUCCCACCCCCGAAAGUUCCAGAACUUUGAAAAAGUACUAUCUAGCAAGCAGAUACUUUUAGAGGCAGAAUUUUUUACCCGGAACUUCAUUAGACCCUGGAUCCUGCGGACAAAACACACCGAGUACCACCCCAAAGUUCCUAGUUCCUGGGUAAAGUUCCUGCGGUGGAAACGCAGCUUUACAUUGCAUGUUACAUUGCAUCUACAGUGCAUAACAUCAUCAAAAGAUUCAUAGAGCCAUAUGUGAACAUGGUCCAGAAGCGCCGUCGUGUCCUGUGGGCCAAGGCUCAUUUAAAAUGGACUGUUUCAAAGUGGAAAAGUGUUCUAUGGUCAGACGAGUCCAAAUUUGACAUUCUUGUUGGAAAUCACGGACGCUGUGUCCUGCAGGCUAAAGAGGAGGGAGACCUUCCAGCAUGUUAUCAGCGUUCAGUUCAAAAGCCAGCAUCUCUGAUGGUAUGGGGGACCAUAAGUGCGUACGGUAUGGGCAGCUUGUAUGUUUUGGAAGGCACUAUGAAUGCUGAAAGGUAUAUAAAGGUUUUAGAACAACAUAUGCUCCCCUCCAGACGACGUCUAUUUCAGGGAAGGCCUUGUGCAUUUCAGCAGGACAAUGCAAAACCACAUACUGCAGCUAUUACAACAGCACGGCUUUGUCGUAUAUUUGUAUAUACAAAGUAAAAGUAAUUAGGAUGCAGUAUUACUGCAACAUGAAAACAGUAGUUCACCAAAAAAAGUUGAAAAAGUGAAAAAACUGAGACAUUAAGUGUGUUCGACUUCGGCUGGAUGUAACCAAUCAGCGAGAGUUGCCAUGUGCAGUCUGGGAGGAGCUGAGACUUGUGAAGUCUGAAACUUUCUGCUUCCCAUAGUGACGCUUGUGUGUCCUGUGUCGCAUUUUCAUUCAAUACUUUAUGUUCUGCUUAAUACAGCAUCUGUCUGUACAAGAAUUACAAGCCUAUAUUAUUGAAAUACAAAUAAAGUGAGUCUAUUUACUUUUA